AUGGCCCACGAUCCGCCCCCGUCAGCUGCUUCCCUGCUCACCGGCGAGGAGAGCGUGCUGAACCACACGCGACACAUUAACUAUUGGAGACGCUGCUUGAAGACGUUCCUCCCGUGGCAGUACACCUCCAACGACUCAAAUCGCAUGAGCUUGGCGUUUUUCAUCGUGUCUGCACUAGACCUGCUCGGGAACUUGGACAGCGGCAUCUCUGCCGAGGAGCGGCAGGGCUUCAUCGACUGGGUAUAUCACUGCCAGCAUCCUGAUGGAGGCUUCCGAGCUUUCCCAGGCACCGAUUUAGGCGAGCUCAGGAACGAAGAGAACAAGAUCUGGGAUCCGGCAAAUGUGCCUGCGACCUUCUUCGCGCUGGGACUCCUCAUAGUCCUUGGAGACGACCUUCAAAAGGUGAAGAGACGGGAAUGCCUAAUGUGGUUGACCAAGAUGCAGAGGUCGGAAGGAGGCUUCGGGGAAACACUCGGGGAGGAUGGCCGAAUCGAAGGAGGGAACGACACAAGAUUUGGAUACACUGGUUCUGGCAUACGCUACAUGUUGAGGGGAUAUAUCACCGGUCCUGUCGACGGAGUGCCCGACAUCGACGUGGACAAGCUAGUGCAAUGUAUAAAUAUAUCAGAGUCCUAUGAUGGUGGCAUAUCUGAAGCGCCCUUUCAUGAAGCUCAUGCUGGCUUCACUCAUUGUGCCAUAUCCGCUCUGUAUUUCCUAGGCCGCCUUCCGGAAUCUUCGUUGCCGAGUGGCCCUCGACACGACGACGUGAUUCGGGGCAUAACCAACCUUCCGCUUACUCUGCAUUGGUUGGCUUCACGCCAAACUGCCAUAUUAGAUGAAGAAGACCUGUAUGACUCUGCGGAAGACGAAUUAGAAGCUGCGCACACACAAACAAACUCAUCAUUCGUCAAAUUAUCUAGCUUCCCCCUCAAACCGCGCGAAGUACCUCAGCAAGAUACCUGGCCUCUGCCACACUCUCUCCAAUGGGCAGGAAUGAACGGACGAUGUAAUAAGAUAGCAGACACAUGUUACGCUUUCUGGGUUACCGGAGCAUUGACUGUACUCGGUCAUUUAAAUAUCAUCGAUCGCGCUUCUUUGCGUCGCUAUCUAUUGGACAAGACACAGCACAUAGUAGGGGGGUUUGGCAAAGUAGCCGGAGACCCACCUGACCUCUAUCACGCAUACCUCGGGCUGGCUACAUUGGCCAUUAUGGGAGAAUCCGGAGUCAAAAGUUUCCACACUCCUUUGUGUUUCAGUCAAGACGCAAAUGACCGUCUUGAAGCGUUAGAAUGGAGGAAGAAGUUGAUCGGAGAUUGGCAAACGGAGUCGCUCAAAAAUUAAAAGGGCUAACAUGACCCUUUUCCACUUAUGCUUACCUCGAUAAGAGCCUGGAGCUGAGGAGCUAGCUCCAUUGACUCUAGCUGAGCCAUCGCUGCAAUCCGCGAGCUGCAAAACGCAACAUACUUUCCGCAGCGUGCUGGACAUACGGGGCUACCUCAUACAGCGUCAUCAUCAUGGAAACGACAUGUCUAAAAUGAAAGGUCAAGCUAAACAAAGGAAAUAAUUCUACCAUUAUUUGUUCCCGGGAAAACUAACGUCUGAAUAGAGCGUCAGAUUACGGAAUCAGAUCUGACCUUCGGGGGUCGUCGCACCAAUCAAACACGUCGUCGAACUGGUUGCUUCCAGAACCUCAUUCACAUGGUUACCAGGUAAUCUAGCAUAUCAACCAC